AUCGAAGAAGUCAUGUAUCAAUCAAAUGAACGUAGAGUAAGGUACGACGGGAAUGAUCGGCGAAACGUCAUCACGUUCUUGCUGCUUCCCAAAUCUGCCUGCUCUGCUUGAGAACCUAUUCGUCAGCACCACCCAUCAUACCGAGAAAACAGACCUGCCAACAUUGUAUUCCUCGCUAAACAUCAGUACGCAGCAUCUAUACGUAUAAUCAGCAUCGGCAUCAUGAUGCAAAAGUCCACAACCAAAGAGAACAAGCCGCUUGAGUCAUUCAGGUUCGUCUUGAAUGGCAAAGGCAAAGCAAUCAUCGCGACAGAAACUGCUGCUCAAGUAACCAACAAGCAAGAGACGAAGGCCGCCAAACCGAAGCUUGCACUCAGUCAUACGCUCAAGAGAAUGUUGAGCCAUAGCUCGUUGUCAACCGUCAUCACACCGGAUAUUACAUCGAUGCCUGAUGACAAGCUCGUAGAAGAACAUGCCUCCCAAGCUAAGCAGGCGCAUACUUACCUGGAAGAGAUGCUAAGAAGGAGAGCCUGCGCCUCAGCACCUUGGACCGCGCCGAAAAGGUGGCAGUCGACUGGCAGAAUGUCUGGGAAACCUCUUUCAAGCACAGUAGCACCAGAGCUACGAGACGUAGGCUUACUCGCUUCCAAUGUCGAAGGACCUUCUCUCCAAGUGGCUGCUCGAACAGUAGAAAGAGAAACUGCCUCCACACGGAACGCGAAAAGGAGUACCAGGUUGGGGAGAGACCUCAGCAUGAAUGAAACAAGCACAACUAAGGUUCAAGAUUCCUUCAAGCUCAGUAAGGCCUUGCAUACUAUCGAUAAUGAGGCUCAGGGAACGUUCGAGGACGAUCUUGAGGUCGUUAGACUGCUUGAUGACUCUGUGUCACAUGUUCAAGUCGAACAUCAGAGCCUCCACCAUCGCAUCUUCGUAGAGAGGGCUCGAGUCAAGCCUCAGACUUUGAUAGGAAGGAAGCACGCGACGAGACAAAACAGCCUGCCGAUAAAGCGAAGCAGAGCAAGCUAGAGGCCGAGGAAACUGCCGAACCACAAUCUUCAGUAGGCAACGAGUACAUGAGACACCUGCCGAACAGAGCAGAUGAUGCAGAUGAUGACUGUAAUCCUGCUGCCUACGUCGAGGCGGACAACUACAGCGAUAAUCUCGACGUUACAAAGAUCGAGAGCCAUGUGGUGAAAAAUCAGCAGACGGACUGGUCUGCUAUGGUGCGGGACCAAGAGAGAUAGAUUCCC